AUGGAGGAGAAGGUGAAGCUGUCAAAGGACGGCACUACCCCCUUGGUGGACGCCACGAGCAACCGGAGCAUCGUCGGCGCACUGCGUUACCUCACGCACACGCGGCCAGACACUGGGUUCGCCGUGGGGUACGUGAGCCGGUUCAUGGCGGAGCCGCGGGAGGAUCACCUCGCCGCGGUCAAGCAUCUGCUCCGCUAUGUGGCAGGGACGCGCGAUUAUGGGCUCGUCUACCCAAGGAGGAGCAGAGGAGAGCUGGAGCUGAUUGGGUUCAGCGACAGCGACAUGGCGGGCGACGUUGAUGGACGAAGGAGCACGACUGGUGUGCUCUUCUUCCUUGGAGUGUGCCCGAUCUCCUGGCAAUCGAUGAAACAAAAGGUCGUUGUGCUGAGCACUUGCGAGGCAGAGUACAUUGCGGCGGCGACGGCAUGUUGCCAGGGAGUUUGGCGGGGGCGGCUGCUGGCAGAGCUCUCCGGAGAAGAAGCUUGA